CACAAAAAUAGGUAUAUAUAGUUAUCCUCUUUACUACUUUUGAAACUAAAAAAGUAUGAAGAUUAUAAUUUUUCUUUUUUAUGCAAUAUGCAUUGUAAAAGGGCUUCCGCCCCUCAACAAUUCAAGCAUUUGUAAAAGCACAUUCUGUGAAAUUGAAAAUGAUUGUCGCUGUUCUUCUACAAUUAACCCAAUUACCAACAUUGAUGAUCCAGCACCACAAUUUAUAGCAAUAACAGUAAGUGAGUCUGUUGUUACAACGCUAUAUCACAACUAUUUAGUGCCUUUACUGUAUGGUCGUACAAACCCUGAUGGAAACUCAAUUGGAGCAACAUUUUACGUCAACCACGAAUACACAGAUUAUGAGUUAGUCCAAAAAUUAUAUCUUCAUGGUUAUGAAAUUGGUGUACAUUCGAUAACGAAAAAUUCAUCUCAAGAUUACUGGAGACACGCAUCUUUAAAUGACCUUAUCGAGGAGUUUGAUGGCCAGCGGGAGAUUAUAUCGCAUUUUGCUAACAUUCCAUCCAAAGAUAUUCGAGGUGGUAGAACACCACAGUUACAAUUUGAAGGAGACUUAACAAUCAACGCAUAUAAACAAUCUGGACUUGAAUACGAUAAUUCGUGGCCAACAAGUUCUAAUAAACUUCUUCUUCCCUACACACUAGACUAUUUGUCUACUCAAGAGUGUUUAGUAUCAAUUAGUUGUCCUAAAGAGUCACAUAAACAUUUUUGGGUAGCUCCUCUCACCAAUAUUAGGGGUAAUAACAACGUUGAAUGUAAUUCCCUGGCAAGCUGUUUAAUCGAUGGAACCGCUGAAGAAAUUGCCAAUUGGUUAAUAAAUGAAGUUGACCGAGUAAGAACAAAUAAUCGGGCUCCUUUAGUGUUGCGACUAGACUCGUAUUGGUUUGAAUUUACCAAAAACAGUUUAGAAGGUUUUACUUUAUUUUUAAACGAAAUGUCAAGAAGAAAUGAUGUCUUUUUUGUAUCAGUACAAGAUAUUGUUGAUUGGAUCAAGAAUCCAGUUCCCGUUACAAAAUACGUUACCCCAGUACAUAAGAGAUCUGCAAAGUGCACUCCUAUUAGUUGUGCUCUCAAGUUUUUGAAUGGAAGCGAAAGGUACAUGAAAUCUUGCGUUGGAUGUCCACGAACGUAUCCCUGGAAAGGAAAUCCAUUGGGAGAAUAACAAGAAAUAAUAUUUAUCUUAUUUAUUAUACUUACCUUUUUACAUUUGCUUUUUACCUACUGUAGGUAACACACUUACUUGAAAAAACACAAUAUUAAAAUAUUCUUUUAUAAUUCUA